AUGUCUCACACAUUUAGCACUCUCACAUCUGACGGCUUGGACAACGAAAGUGUCGUUUCUGUCGAUACUUCACCAUGGAAUUCUGUUGUGACUGUGCUUGGUGAUGUUGCAUUCAUAGACAUCCAAAAUGUCAUAUCUUUGGAUGGUACAUACUGUUUCAACUUGAAUAUUGACACCCCCGGCAUCAAGAAAAUCGUAUUUCGCAUUCGAGAACGGGUUGAGGAGGCUGUGGAGCCUGCUGAGUCCGCGACCAAUCAGACUUCAUCUCAGCCUGUCAUUGCUUCCCCGUGCAACCUUCUCACCAGGCGCAUGGGUAACCCCAAUCCAGAUCCUGCAAACCCGACUGUGCCCUGGAGUUACUACGUAACUAGAAGAGCCGAUGAAGCGCUGGAAGAUUGA